AUGGGUAUCCUCAGAACGAUUAUCUUGGCUCAGAGCCUGCUCUGGUCUCUGGCCUACGUCAAUGCUUCCAAUCUCAACCCUAACGGCCAAGGCUGCGUCGAUCCAAGUGGCUAUCUUCAGUGUUAUAAAAACAAUGAGGAUCAACUUACUUUAUGCAUGGAAAAUGCACAGAAAAAUUGUAUAGGGGAUAUAUACACGGAGUGUGUAUUGGGCUGUGGAGGUGCUCAGUUGGCUGCGAAUAUCGGCUGUUGGCUGACAAGUUGCUGGAAUCAGGUUUAUUCAUGUGCUUAUCAAGAAACUGUGCUACAAUACCUCACGGGUACAGGGCUAGAACAAGGUCCGACGCCUGUUCCAUACUAUCCUGCACCAGAUAAUGCUCCUGGCGGAUGUGUAUGCAAUCUAGGUUACAUCUGGGGGAACUUCACCGUGACCUAUGCCCUGAACAAUCCUUGUGGAUCAUAUAAUGUAGUUUCUGCUGGUGUUGGGCCCGAGGCUAGCUGCCAGUGUUGUUGGGAUUCAUCUAUUCUGUCCAACAUUGUCGAUAUGUGUCCCCAUAACGACCUCUCCGAUCUCUCCGUCCACACAAUGCUGGACGCCUUUGAGUCUGGCUACAACAAUUCGGCUUCUGAUAAAUGUUCCGUCCUCGCGAACGGUGCCCAAUGUGUUAGCUCGUUUGGCUUGGAUACUAUCGCGAGUACGUGGUACAACCCAGGCCAACUUCCCUCCGGUUUUCCCGGAACAGCGCCACUUUCAGACACCACCGCUGGUGGCAGUCUCACAAGUGCUCCGGCUCCAUACACUUAUUCAAUCUUCCCAAGUUAUAUAUCUGUCAUUACGCCGGCUCCAUAUAAUGCCAAAAACGCCGCUGGUACGGGACCUGUUGCCGAAACCUCUGCCGCUGCUGGAGCCUCCCCCACUGGAACCCACGCCGCUGGAGUGUCUGCUACCGGAGCCUCUGCUACAGGAACAAGCUCUCCAACCGGUGCUGUAAGCUCUCCCGUAGGACAGAAGGGUGCUGCAGACAAUCUUGUAUCUCAGAUUAGCUUUGGAUUUGGAAUCUGGGGUCUAGCCGCACAGAUGCUUGGUUGUGCUCUUGUGUCUGGGGCAGUACAGUUCGCAUAG